CAGGCCGCUGAGGGUGGAGGGCGGUGGCAGCUCUGGCGCUGGGGACCGGCUUGGUGGCUUCGGGAAACGGCUCGGCGACGGCGGCCGCUCGCGUUCCUCCGCAUCCCGGCCUCGGCACGGCUCGCAGCCCCUCCGCCACCGGCGUCCGGCAAUGUGUCCCACCGGCCGGGCGUAGCAGCUGCGCGUGCGCGGAACCGCGGGGCCAUGAGCGAAGCCGGCGGCGGCCGGGGCUGUGGGUCCUCGGUCCCCCAGCGAGCGCCAUGGAGCCUGGUGGCGGCGACGGCGGCGCUCUGCCUGCUGUCGGCCACGUCCGUGUGGACGGCGGGGGCCGCACCCAUGAGUAGGGAGGAGAAACAGAAGCUUGGGAAUCAAGUACUGGAAAUGUUUGAUCAUGCUUAUGGUAACUAUAUGGAACAUGCUUACCCAGCUGAUGAACUCAUGCCUUUGACCUGCAGAGGUCGAGUUAGAGGCCAGGAGCCAAGUCGGGGUGAUGUUGAUGAUGCUUUGGGAAAGUUUUCCCUGACACUGAUUGAUUCUUUGGACACUCUUGUGGUAUUAAAUAAAACUAAAGAAUUUGAAGAUGCAGUGAGAAAAGUUUUAAGAGAUGUUAAUUUAGAUAAUGAUGUAGUUGUAUCAGUCUUUGAAACAAACAUCAGAGUUCUUGGGGGUCUUUUAGGUGGACACUCAUUGGCAAUCAUGCUGAAAGAAAAAGGCGAGUACAUGCAGUGGUACAGUGAUGAACUUCUCCAAAUGGCAAAGCAAUUGGGUUACAAACUUUUACCAGCUUUCAAUACUACCAGUGGCCUUCCUUAUCCAAGAAUUAAUUUAAAGUUUGGUGUCAGAAAACCAGAAGCUCGGACAGGAACUGAGACAGAUACCUGUACAGCUUGUGCAGGUACCCUGAUCCUCGAGUUUGCUGCUUUAAGUCGAUUCACAGGAGCAACGAUAUUUGAGGAGUAUGCAAGAAAAGCUCUUGAUUUUCUUUGGGAGAAAAGACAGCGAAGUAGUAAUUUAGUGGGCGUGACUAUAAAUAUUCAUACUGGAGAUUGGGUACGAAAAGAUAGUGGAGUUGGAGCAGGGAUUGAUUCAUAUUAUGAAUAUCUAUUGAAAGCCUAUGUCUUGCUUGGAGAUGACAGCUUUCUGGAAAGAUUUAAUACACACUAUGAUGCCAUAAUGAGGUACAUAAGCCAGCCACCUCUUCUGCUUGAUGUGCACAUCCACAAGCCAAUGCUGAAUGCUCGAACUUGGAUGGAUGCUUUGCUUGCCUUUUUUCCAGGUUUGCAGGUCUUAAAGGGGGAUAUUAGACCUGCUAUUGAAACUCAUGAAAUGUUAUAUCAGGUGAUUAAGAAACACAAUUUUCUACCAGAGGCAUUUACCACAGAUUUCAGGGUGCAUUGGGCUCAACAUCCUUUAAGGCCAGAAUUUGCAGAAAGUACCUACUUCUUGUAUAAAGCUACAGGAGAUCCUUACUACCUUGAAGUAGGGAAAACACUUAUUGAAAAUUUAAAUAAAUAUGCUAGAGUGCCUUGCGGAUUUGCUGCCAUGAAGGAUGUUCGUACUGGAAGUCAUGAGGACAGAAUGGAUUCCUUCUUCUUGGCUGAAAUGUUUAAAUAUCUUUACUUGUUGUUUGCGGAUAAAGAAGACAUUAUUUUUGACAUAGAAGAUUACAUUUUUACAACAGAAGCUCAUCUGUUACCUCUUUGGCUCUCUACUACAAAUCAAAGAAUCUCUAAAAAGAACACAACUUCAGAAUAUACAGAACUGGAUGACAGUAAUUUUGAUUGGACUUGUCCAAACACUCAGAUUCUCUUUCCUAAUGACCCAUUGUAUGCUCAGAGCAUUCGUGAACCUUUGAAAAAUGUGGUGGACAGGAGCUGUCCUAGAGGCAUCAUCAGAGUCAGAGAGGAGAGUUUCAGGAGUGGAGCUAAACCCCCUCUGAGAGCCAGAGAUUUCAUGGCCACUAACCCUGAGCAUUUAGAAAUCUUGAAGAAGAUGGGGGUGAGUUUGAUUCACCUCAAAGAUGGGAGAGUCCAGUUGGUUCAACAUGCAAUCCAAGCUGCUAGUUCAAUUGAUGCUGAAGAUGGGUUGAGGUUUAUGCAGGAGAUGAUUGAAUUGUCAAGUCAGCAACAAAAAGAACAGCAGCUACCUCCUCGAGCUGUACAAAUUGUUUCCCACCCAUUUUUUGGCCGGGUAGUAUUAACUGCUGGUCCAGCUCAGUUUGGACUAGAUCUCUCUAAACAUAAAGAGACCAGAGGAUUUGUUGCAAGCAGUAAACCAUACAAUGGUUGUUCAGAGCUUACUAACCCUGAGGCAGUGAUGGGAAAAAUUGCUUUGAUACAAAGAGGACAGUGCAUGUUUGCAGAAAAGGCACGCAACAUCCAGAAUGCUGGAGCCAUCGGUGGCAUAGUUAUUGAUGACAAUGAGGGGAGUAGCAGUGAUACUGCCCCUCUGUUCCAGAUGGCAGGUGAUGGAAAGGACACAGAUGACAUCAAGAUCCCCAUGCUGUUUUUAUUCAGUAAAGAAGGAAGUAUUAUAUUGGACGCCAUCCGGGAAUAUGAGGAGGUUGAGGUGCUCCUUUCUGACAAAGCAAAAGAUCGAGAUCCUGAGAUGGAAAAUGAAGAACCAUCCUCUGAAAAUGAUUCUCAGAAUCAGAGUGCUGAACAGAUUGCGUCAAGUUCUCAGGAGGUUGAUUUGGUUGAUCAAGAGUCUCCUGAGGGAAGUUCUCUAACCUCUCACCCAGAAUCUUUAUCUCCAGCAGAUACAGACAAUGCUGCAAGCAUUCCUCCUUCUGAACAGAAUUCUAACCCCACGGAAAACCAUGAGACUACAAGUCUAGAUGGUGAAUGUACAGAUUUAGAUAACCAACUUCAAGAACAAUCAGAAACUGAGGAAGAUUCCAAUCCUAAUGUAAGCUGGGGUAAAAAGGUCCAGCCUAUAGACUCCAUAUUAGCAGACUGGAAUGAAGAUAUAGAAGCAUUUGAAAUGAUGGAGAAGGAUGAGCUCUGACUCACUAAAGUCUACCUGGUGGACUGGGGCUUGGAGAAAAGGAGCAGAUGUUCCUUCAAGACUGGGAUUACAGAAGCCUUAUAUACAUUAAUUUGAUUUUCUUUUUGUAGCUCAGCCAUUGUUGUCUAAAUCUAACUUUUCUAAGUUAUCAAAACAACAUAAUUUUAUUUCCAGCAGAGAUCUUAUGGCAUACAAGGAAAAGCCAGCUUACUGCCACUUACCCUUUCUUCGGCCAUUAGGGGGAGUUGUUGCCAUUCUUUGUGGUUUAGAAGCAAAUUGUUGGCUUGUUUAGAAAAAGGAAUCCUUAAAAAAAAAAAGGAAAAAAAGAAUUUAACAAAUUAUACGUAACAUCUAGAAGGAAUUAUAUUUGAAUUUUCCCAAGCUAAGAAAGUAUAAUGUUCAGCUUCAAAACUCCAGCAUUGUCACUGACUCUCCAUUCUUAAUUGACAUACUGCCACGAAGUUGUUUUUGAGUUCAUUAAAAAAUUUCAACAGCAUUAGGCAUUUAAAAGAAUGUUUUGUUUUUUAAAUACCUUUUAUAGCAUUUUAUUUACUUUCUAAAAAUUCAGGGGAUUCUGUGUGACCCUGAAUUUUAGAAACAUCUGGUCUACCUCAGUUAGAUAUUGACUGCAUAGAGAUAGAGCUGAAGUGAUCACCACAGCCAUAAAAUUGAUUCAGAAGGAUUUAUACAAUGUUUACAAACCUGGAGUAAGGAUUUUAUCUGAAAGUUAAAAGUUAGAUAUUAGAGAAAGUAUUUAAUUCAGGUAUUUUCAAGUUUUAAAACUUCACUUGUUUACCUAUUAAAAAUAGAGUUUUUUCUGUUUAGGAAGGUCCAUUAAAAUGAUAUACCCUAAUUUGCAGUGCUUUCCCCAUGAAGUUUUAGGUGUGAAAGAAUUGUAAUUUACCAGAUAUGUUUGGGAUGGAAUAUUUUGUUGGGGUAGGUUGUUUUUUUUUUUUUUUUUCUUUUUAACUUUUAAUAGGCUUCCAACAAGAAUAUAGUUGUUUCAGAACAAUUUUUUUAACAUUAUAUUUUCCCUUUUUCUCCACUGUGUUUGAGGGUAAAAUGAAAAAUUGUGCACUCUGUGAUUUUUAACUUCUCUAAUAUACUCUCUUGAGACUUAAUUUAAAUUACCGUCAUAUAGCCCUUUUAAUAUAAAACCAGCAUUUGUUCCCUCACCAAACCCCAUGCCAAAUUCACCAUAAAGAAAGCUCAGCGUCAGUAAUUCAAAUAGUGCUUAUAAUUUUAGAGGUGGGGCACGGGAGCAUUUAGUAAAUAUUCCAACCGGUCGUUUUAUGCACAAGGCUUCAGUCAGAACAUAGAAAAAAAACAUUCUGUGAAUGAAAUAUUGUAUGUUCAGAUUUUAUAAAAGACAUUUUUAAAAGCCCAAUUUACAGCCGUAUAUUUUCUUAUGAUGUAAUUUAUGAAAAAGAUGUCUGUACUAACAGGUGCUGUAACACUACUGUUGUUGGAUUUUAUUGUUUGGUGAUAAAUGUAUACAAUAUUUCUAAGGGAAACUAUGUACUGUGAUGUAAAAGUUUGGGCAAAAUGUAUAUAAUCCUUGUAUAUAAUUGUGUAUUUGAUUAUAAUUACUGAUUGUAAAGAUUUAAUAAAAUAUGUAAAUAUCCUG